AUGUCUGGACGUCUGAAUGGGAAAGUAUGCAUCGUAACCGGCGCCUCAUCCGGGUUCGGCCGCGCCAUGUCACUGGGCUUCGCCCGCGAAGGGGCCAAGCUUGUCUGCGCGGACCUGAAACCCACGGCGCGAUCGAAUCUCAACUCGGAGCUAGACAUUAACACCGAUGAGUACAUCAGGAAGAAUGGAGGGGAGGCCAUUUUCGUCAAGACAGAUGUUAGCAAGAGCGAGGACUUUGAGAAUCUGGUCAAGGAGACCGUGAGCAAGUUCGGACGGAUUGACGUCCUUGUCAACAACGCUGGCAUCGCUGUCGAGCCCAACAGGGACGCACUCCGGAUCCACGAGACCCCCGAGCACGAGUGGGAUCUGACUAUGGCUGUCAAUGCCAAGUCUAUCUUUCUCGGGUGUAAGCACGUGAUUGGGCAGAUGAUGAAGCAGGAUGAUCGGCCGUUUGGCGACAGAGGAUGGAUCAUCAAUGUCGCCUCGAUAUAUGGUAUUGUUGGGGGGUACAACAACGCCUCGUACGCGGCGUCCAAGGGCGCUGUGAGCAACGUGACGCGGACGAUUGCGCUCGAGUAUGCCAGGGACGAUAUCCACUGCAAUGCCAUCUGUCCUGGGUACACCGAGACGGCCAUCUACAAAGGUACCAGAUCAUACGAGGGAAAUGUCGCACAAAUAGGACCGCUGCACCCGCUGCACGGCAUCGGGAAACCAGAUGACAUUGUCGGGGCUGCGGUAUUCCUAGCCAGCGGGGAGGCUAGAUGGGUGACGGGGGUCAAUUUGCCGGUGGAUGGAGGGUUUCUAGCGCAGUAA